CGGUACAUACCGACGAAAUUUAUAACGGUAGUGAAAUCUUUUUACGAGAAUGGGUACUACCCAAUCUUCUCUAAAUGAAGAAAAUCCACAAUCCACAAAAAUCAAAAAUUUAAAGGAAAUUCGUUUUCACGUACAAGACCAAGAACAUGUCGUUAAAACCGAAGACAUUGAUCCAAAUACGAGUUUAAAUUUUUAUUUACGAAAUCAUCUCCACUUGACCGGAACGAAAGUAAUGUGCCGUGAAGGUGGAUGUGGGUCUUGCGUGGUUGUUUUACAAAACAAAGAUCCUGUUACACAAAAGAAAAUAUUUUUAGCUGUGAAUUCGUGUUUGGUACCUAUAUUGUCGUGUAAUGGGUGGAAGAUUUAUACUGUUGAAGGCAUCGGUGACCCUUUGGUUGGUUACCACCCAGUCCAAAAAGUUUUGGCUAAUUUUAAUGGUACACAAUGUGGUUUUUGCUCACCGGGAAUGGUUAUGAACAUGUAUGCGUUAUACGAAUCGGGGAAACUUACAAUGCAAGAUGUCGAAAAUUCAUUUGGUGGCAAUAUUUGUCGGUGUACUGGAUACAGACCAAUUCUUACAGCUUUUAAGUCUUUGUGUAAAGAUGCCAAUCCGGAGCUGCUAGGACAAUAUCCGGAUAUAGAGGAUUUGGUUGUUUGUCAAAGAGAAAAGUGUGAGUGGGAGUGUGUAGAACAAUCUGACAAGUCUGAUAAAGUACCGACUUAUACCCUUUUCGAAGACACAUCCAAAUGGAUUAAGGUUCAUACCUUGAAAGACCUACUCAAAACCAUGCAAUCUUACACCAAACUAACCUAUAGAUUGGUGGCUGGAAAUACAGCCCAAGGGGUAUAUCAAGCUUACGCUAACCCCGUUGAUUUAUACAUAGAUGUCACUUCAAUUCCCGAAUUGACUCUAUAUGAAUUCAAAGGGGACUCUCUUGUUUUGGGGGCAAAUAUAACCCUCUCCAACACCAUUGAAGUGUUCCAAAAUAUUGCCAAAACUUACCCGAAUUUCUCUUAUCUAAACCAAAUGGCUGAUCAUAUUGACUUAAUAGCAAACGUACCUGUCCGAAACAGAGCAACUCUUGCUGGAAAUUUAAUGAUCAAACACGACCACAACGAAUUCCCUUCCGAUGUAUUUCUCCUUUUGGAAACCGUAGGUGCUCUCUUAACAGUAGUUAGCGUUGAUGGUACUCAAACUAUUCAGCGUCCAAGCGAUUUUAUUAAGAACGAAAUGAAACUAAAAAUUUUACUAAAGGUUAUUCUACCAGAGUAUUCAAAUCUGGUGAAACUAGUGAGCUACAAAAUCAUGCCACGGGCUCAAAAUGUCCAUGCUAUAGUAAACGCUGGAUUUCUAUUUCAAUUUCAUCCAAGUUACGUACUAGAUAAAGCAACUAUUGUGUAUGGAAAUAUAAACCCAGCUUUUAUUCAUGCUUCAAGUACCGAAACAAUUUUGCAGGGUGCAAAUCUAUUCGACAAUCACACUUUACAGACAGUUUAUGCAAAUUUGUCACAUGAAUUAGAAGCUGAUGUAAGGCCACCGGAUCCAUCUCCGCUAUGUAGACAACAACUAGCUAUCUCGCUUUUCUACAAGGCAGUGCUGUUUCUUGCCCCGGAUCAUUUACUUUCCCCUAGACAUUUAUCAGGUGGUCCUGUUUUACAAAGACCGAUUUCUAAAGGGACUCAAGAUUAUGAAAGCAAUAAAUCUUUAUACCCUUUAACUAAACCAAUACCAAAACUUGAAGCUUUGGCUCAAACAAGCGGGCAAGCAGAAUACAUCGAGGAUAUGCCAGAUUUACACAACCAGUUACAUGGAGCCUUAGUUCUAGCCCACGCUCCACCAAAUUCCAAAAUCAUUCGCAUUGACACCAAGAAGGCUUUGGAAAUGGAAGGAAUUGUUGCUUUUUUCAGCAAAGCUGACAUCCCAGGAGACAACAAUUUUACUCCUUUAGGGUUAUCUUACAUUAACGCCAAAGAAGAAAUAUUUUGUAGCGGUAGAGUCAUGUACUACGAACAACCCAUUGGAAUUUUAGUAGGGUACCGAGAAGACGUCGUUCAAUACGCUAUCAAUUUAAUAGAGCUAAUCUAUGACGAAUCUAACGUAGAACCUAUGCUUUCAACUCGACAGAUUUUAAAAUCAGGUCGUACGGAUAGAGUUAUCCACGUUAGAACGGUGCAACCAAAACGAAAAGGCAAUGAUGUUCAACAUGUACUAAAAGGUACUUUUGACAUUUAUCAACAGUACCACUUCCACAUGGAGCUGCAAUGUUGCAAUGUUAUACCAACCGAAGAUGGACUGAACGUUUACCCAUCAUCUCAGUGGAUGGAUUUGACUCAAGUAGCCAUAGCCAACAUGUUGAAAAUUCCAAAUAACAAAAUAAAUGUGACUAUUCGACGAUGUGGAGGGGCAUUUGGGGCCAAAAUCACUAGAAAUGGCCUUGUGGCCUGCGCGGCAGCCUUAGCUUCGUGGAAGUUGCGGAAACCCGUCAAGUUAUCUUUGCCGUUAAAAACCAAUAUGGCUGCUAUUGGAAAACGAUUUCCACUUUCGACUGAUUAUGAAGUAGGAGUUAAUAAUAGUGGGAUUAUCCAGUAUCUUAACUGUCGCCAUUAUACGGACGUAGGAGCCCAAAGAAACGAAGACAUUUCCAACGAAGUUGUGAAUUUUUUUAGCGCGAGUUAUGUCCCGGAUACAUUUACGAUUGAUGUAAACAAGACAAUUACUGAUACACCUACUAACACCUUUGCCAGAGCUCCAGGGACGUUAGAAGGAUUGGCUGCUAUUGAGUCUAUAAUAGAACAUAUUGCGAUUAGUUUGAAUGUCGAUCCAAUAGAGUUACGACUUCGUAAUCUCAGGACUGAUACACCGCUUGCUAAAUAUGUCAAUGAACUGAGAACAUGGGCCAACGUAGAUACGAGGAAACAAGAGAUAACGGAUUUUAAUAAGGAAAAUCGAUGGAAAAAGAAAGGUAUAGCGGCGGUACCCAUGGCAUACGAAUUAGCCAUAGGUGGUCCGUAUGCAGCCAUGGUUUCGAUUUUCCAUGGAGAUGGUAGCGUACAAAUUUCGCAUGGAGGGGUGGAAAUUGGCCAAGGAAUUAACACUAAAGUCAUUCAAGUGUGUGCGUACAAACUUGGAAUACCAAUGGAAAAAGUCUCCGUAGUACCUAGCAGUAGUUUCGUGGCAGCAAACUCUACGCAAACUGGUAGUAGCAUAACGUCAGAAGCUGUGUGUUAUGGUACCAUUCAAGCUUGCGAUCAGUUAUUAGCACGAAUAAAACCUGUCCGCGAUAGAUUAGGAAAUCCAACCUGGGAACAGCUAAUUCAGAAAUGUUUUGAAGAAUUUAUAGAUUUGACAGCUAGGGGACAGUACUCUCCAAACGAACCCAACGUCCAAACCUACCAAGUCUACGGUGUCUGCGCUGCUGAGGUACUUCUUGAUGUAUUGACGGGUCAAUAUUUAGUCACCAGAGUCGAUUUAAUAGAAGACACUGGUGAAUCCAUGAGUCCCGAAAUCGACAUUGGGCAAGUCGAAGGGGCGUUUGUGAUGGGAAUGGGCUACUACACGACGGAACAAAUCGUUUACAAUUACGAAGGCAAACUUUUGACGAAUAACACAUGGACUUACCAUCCCCCAGGCGCUAGAGACAUACCGAUUAAUUUUAACGUGAAGUUCCCUAAGAACAACCCUAAUCCUGUGGGAGUUUUAAAAUCGAAAGCAACGGGAGAACCCGCGGUUUGUUUAGCAGUGGCUGUUCCUUUAGCGAUACGACACGCCGUAGCGUCGGCGAGGGCUGACGCAGGAACGUCGGACUUGUGGUACCCAAUUGAUGGACCUACAACCGUGGAAAAUGUGUUUUUAAACUGUUUGAAUGACCAUACGCACUAUACCUUGUGAAAAAUAGUACGUUAUUGUAUGAAGAUAAGGCAAACAAGUUUAUCUCAGUGUAAAUUUCUCCGUUUAUCGUUGUAAAAGUUUCUGUCAUCUAAACAUAAUUACAAAAUAAAGGUUUGGUUACACGGA